GUAAAACCAUGAAUUCUGAGAAGAAAGGUUUCAAUGUCUACCCCAAAAAAGAAAAUCUUCAGAUAAUAAAUGCUUCCCAAGUGCCCUCUUCGCAAUCAACCCGGCAGUCUGGUGUGACGACGUUUUAUGAUAGGGACAGUUACAAUGGAAAAACCAUCACAUACACAUCUUCUGCACCAAAGAAAAAAAGAACGCCUCUCAGAUUUACGUAUUCUCCCGAAAGAACGUAUUCUGUAAAAAAAGCGAAAUCCAGAAAAAGUGAUGCAGCUUCUACCAAAGUAACUCCAGCAAGGAAUAUCAAGAGACGAUUUUCACCUGCUCCAAAAGAGGUCGAGGCGAAACUCCGGAAUAUCGACAGAUCACGUGACAGGGUACUACAAAUGUCACUCGACUCGUCAGGGCCCAUUCAUUACUUUCAAGAUUCAAAAGAUUUAGAAAUUUUAUUUGGAACCAAAUAUCAGGACGAAUCAAAUGAAAACAAUUCCGAUGUUGAGGAGAUCAUCGAAAAUAGCAACGCUUGCUACGAAGAAACCAUUUCUGAACGAGGAAAUGAGUUUGAUGAUUGUCUUCCAGGAUGUUCUAACAGUCAUCUUCCAAAUUACGAUCAUGUUGAAAACAAUUACCUUCCUACAGCUAAUUCCUUCCAUUCCGAAGAAAAAUUUCCCCAGGAUUAUACAGCUUGGGAUAGCGGUGACAAUUUUUAUGAUGAUUUCAGUUUUCUGGAGCAAGUGGGUCAUGAAGAAGUUGUUGAAACCUCGUACGGAGACGGCUAUCAGGAAGAUGAGAUUAUUGAGAGCACAUGUACCUUCACGGAAACAGCCAAAGAUUUUCAAGCAGCGAACAAGCAUCAGACCUUUAGCAAGCAGGAAAAUGUGGAAGACACGAUUUUCGAAGAUAUGGAUCAAUCGGAUAAUCAGGAGAAAAGUGAACUGCUUGAUGAAGUUGAGAAUGUUGAAGCUACUGCGAAUGAACUUGAAAAAUUGGAUGUUUCAAUCGAUCUGGAGCUCAAUAUUCUAAGCAGUGAGCAACCGAGAGACGAAUCAAGAUCGGUUGUUCUGUAUGAAAAGAAAUAUUAUUGUGAAAACGCAGAUCUCGAUAUGCUAAUAAAGAGAAUACGUCUCUUGGAUUGUUUCGAUAAAUCUCAUACAGAUUUUCUUCUUCCACUGCUUCAACUCGCUGGUAAUGACAAAAUCAGCGAAGUAUACGAAAUCGAAAAGUUCUAUGUGGAACAGUUCAUACCAGCAUUGGAAAAUUGGACUAAUUAUCGUGAAAAUCCAACGGAAUUCUUCGACACCAACGCUGAUAAGUUCGAGGAGUACUAUGAGAAUGAGAUGAAAAUCGAAACACCUUUAUCGCCGAAUCCCGAGAUUUUUCCGUUUCAGAUUGAACUUCGAAAUAGAAAAAAAAUCGAAAAGGAAAUUGCUGAUGUAGCAGAAAACCAAAUCAGAAGAAUAGAAGAAAACUUUCGUAAUCCAUUCAUUGCACCUUUUGCCUUUUUCCCGUAUCAGAAUAAUUUUCAAAUGGCCCCUCAGAAUGUUCCAGGGCCUAGUUUAUACAAUCCUUAUCCUGUCCAGGCCAAUCCGGCUCCAAAUAUCCCAUUCAAUGUAUAUCAAAACAUUCCGUUCAACCUGUAUUUCAACUCGUACACACCUUUCGUGAAUCCAUUUCUCAACCCUUUUCCGUUCCCAUUUCCAAACAAUCUUAAUGUACCCGAUCUUAGCAAUUUGGGAAGUUUCAAUCCAAAUAUUAAUUUUAAAUAAUUAUUCAACAUUUUUUUAUUGGAAAAAUCAUCAUGUUUUAUCAAUUUUUCAUUGCAUGAAUCUACCAUUUUACUCUA